CUUUGCUCAGUGUUGCGAUAUCCAGCUCCAGCAGGACAGCUGCAUGCACCUUACAAGACCAUUCAUCGAUAUAAGGGAAUAAUUAUAUUUCACUAAUUAUCAAAAGAUGCCAAUGGAGGCAGAAGCUGUAAAUCAUCCGUAUUGGCCACGCAACCUGUCCAUUCCCAACUAUGUGGCCAAUGACCGCUCGAUGUCAGAGAUCCUCGUGUUUCUCUUCUCUGUGUCCGGGAUUCUGCUGUUUGCCACCUGGUCCCUGACUGGCUGUAAGGUGUCUGGAAGCAGGCUCAGUGCAGCAAGAAGGUUAGCUCUGUGCUGGUUCACUGUGUGCGGCUUCAUCCAUGGGGUCAUUGAGGGAUGGUUCUCCUUAUACUACGCUAUCAUUCCUGAAGACCAGAGUUUCCUUUCUCAGCUGUGGAAAGAAUAUUCCAAAGGAGACAGCAGAUAUGCGAUAGCGGAUAAUUUCACCGUCAGCAUGGAGACAGUAACCGCAUACAUGUGGGGUCCCUUCAGCGUAUGGACUGUUCUGGCCUUUCUGUAUAAUCGCCCCUACAGAUUUGUGCUGCAGCUCAUCGUAUCAUUGGGUCAGCUGUACGGUGCAGUCCUCUACUUCUUCACUGAGCACAGAGAUGGAUAUAUUCACAGCGAAUAUGGUCAUCCCAUCUACUUCUGGUUCUACUUUGUGUUCAUGAACGUUUUGUGGAUCGUCAUCCCUUUCAUUCUUAUCGUGGACUCAUGGCUUCAGCUGUCUUCCUGUCAGUCCAUGUUUGAUAAAUCGACACUGAAAGAGAAGUCUAAAAGAAGCUAGAGCAGAAAUACUGUGAACAAUACUUGUGUGUGAAAAUCCUAAUGUCAAUUUAUAUUAUGGUGUGCUGGUGGACGAAAAUGAAAAAGGCUAAAGUGGGUCAUAUUACAGAUAUGAAUUUUAAUUAAAUGUGCUGAAUCCACAUUAUUUUGCAAUGCAGAAGUGAAUGUAUAAGAGUUCCAAUUCAUUUGCAGCUGUGGGGAAAUUACUAAGUAAACAGUGAAACUGAAUGCACUACAAACCAGUGUGUUUAUCUGUAGAAUUUUAAAUAAUAUAAGAAACAUAUAUAUAAAUAAAAUAUAUAAGAAAAUACUAGUCAAGCUGCACAGCAAGCCGGUUUCUGUUUUGUACAGCUAGAAAUCAAUCUUACAUGCUCUAACAUGAACAUUUAGGUGGAUAGUACUCCAGCAGGGUUGCUUCAUAUUUACCUGUUUUGUAUGCCUCUGUGCACUAUAUCAGUUCUCUACUCUCUGGUGCCUUUCUUGUUGUUGUUUUUCAUUGCAAAUGAAUAUGUAUGCUGUUUAUGUCUGAAAUGUUCUUAAAUAAUUCUCCAUCCUUUUAUA